AAUCAUCAUUCACCAAUAUCAUCAUGUCCUCCUCAAACAAAAACUGGCCUAGCAUGUUCAAAUCCAAACCCUGCAACAAACAUCAUCAUCGUGACGUGGAUACUCCAUCUAGCAUGCCCUAUUCUAAUUGCAACAUACCUUCUCCUUUUUCCUCAGAUCGUGUACCGGAUCCUAAACCGAGAUGGAAUCCUAAACCGGAACAGAUUCGGAUACUCGAAUCAAUAUUCAAUUCGGGUAUUGUUAAUCCACCUAGAGAAGAGAUUCAAAGAAUCCGAACUCGACUUCAGGAAUACGGUCAGAUCGGAGACGCAAAUGUUUUUUACUGGUUUCAGAACCGGAAAUCACGGGCAAAACAUAAGCUACGUGUUCUUAAAAAAAACCCUAAAAUGCUCGGUUGUAACCCUAGCAAGACCAGGAAGGAAAAAAUCAUUAGUCCUAGUGAUAAUCCUACUGAUCCUUGUUUUGGUUUGGUUAACCAUGAAACCGGUUUAUUUCCGGGUCAAAACAAUGAGUUGGUGAUAACUGAACCGGCUAGUUUUUUAUAUCCGGAUGAUAAUAAUCCAAGCUUGACCCAAUCAGGGUUUGGUUUUGGUGGUUUUGUUGUGCCGGUGGUAGCUGAGGAGAGGUUGGAGUUAGCCGGCACUAGUAACGGCGUUAAUAUGAACAUUCCGGAGAUCAACUUUGGCGGCGGUGAAAAUGGUUAUUUCCCUAAUUCGGUUCCUGUUACUGUUCCAUUAACCAUCAAUCAAUCACAAGUAUUAUCCGGUGGUGGAGAUAUAGGAGAUUAUGUUUCUCCAGUGAGGUUGACGGUGUUCAUCAACGACAUGCCUUUCGAUGUGGCGGCAGGACUAUUCAACGUCAAAGAGGCUUUUGGAAACAACGCUAUGUUGAUAAACUCGUUUGGGCAGCCUAUUCUCACAGACGAAUUUGGAGUUACUUUUCAACCUCUCCAAAACGGUGCUGUUUAUUAUCUUCUUUAAAAAUGAAGAUCGAAGAUCUGUGGUUUAAGGACGAAUAUCUAAUAUAAUAAGGGGAUGUCUUCGAUUUAUUUGGUUACCUUGUGUUUUCAAGACUUCGAAAAAGAUUUAAUUAAAAGUUGGAACUUAGUUACAGCUUUUAAUGUUUGUUCCCAAUGUUAUCCAGUCAAUGUCAGUUGUGCAUUUCUAUUUUAUUUUGUUCUCGGAAUUUCUUAUUUGGUAUGUUAUUGUAAUGUAACGUAUAUUAAUUAUUAAUGGGGAAAUAGAUGACA